AUGGAUGCCUUUUCUGUCAGUGCCUUCGAGCGCGUACGUGGCGUGCUGGCGGUAUUCGCGCUCCAGCUCCGCUUCGCAACCCUGGGGCUCAAGUCCAACAGAGUGCGCCCGGGCGAAGCGUGCGAGCUGGCAGUGUGCUGCCAGGCAUACCUGGCGCGCCUGCACCGGCGGCGCUUCGAGCGCGUGCUCUGGCAGCACCCGCUGCGCGGCGCGCGGGGCGCCUCCCUGGAGGCCCUCUGCCGCACGCGCGAGCUCGCCCUCGUCGCCGCCGCGCUGGCGGGCCCCGGCUGCGUGCGGCCCUUGUGCGCCGCCUCGCGCGCCGCGGAGCAGAGCGUGGGCGCCGUUGCGAGCGAGCUCUGGGACAUGUUCCCGGCGGCCCUGUACUCGGUGGGCGGCGUCCGCUGCGGCGGGGGCCUGCUCUCCUCCGCGGAGCGCAUCGGUCUCGGCGCGGACGCCUCCACGGAGACCGUGGCGUCUCUGGCCGCCCCACGUGCGGUGUGCGCCGCGGUGCCCCUCGCUGGCAAGGUCUACGUGGCCGCCGGCCGAGGCGCCGACGGCGCCGCGCUGAGCUCGGUGGAGAGCUACGACCCUCGACUCAACGUCUGGGGCGAGCUGCCUCACCUGCGCCGGGCGCGGGGCUGGGUCGCCGCCGCCGGCGUGUCGGGCCGCCUCUGCGUGCUCGGCGGCGAGGCGGACGACGCCAUAACGCUCGACGUCGCCGAGCAGAUGGACGUCAGCUCGCACGGCGGCUUCGCGAGCGAGGUGGCGGCCUGGGCCCCGCUGCCCGCGCUGCGGUGCCCGCGCUGGGCCGCGGCGGCCGCGGCCCUGCGCGGGUGCGUGUACCUGGCCGGCGGGCACCACGCCGACGGCUCGGUGCUGGGCGACGUGGAGCGCCUGGCGCCGGGGGCCUCGGGCUGGGAGCGGCUGCACCCGCUGCGAUGCCCGCGCGCCGCCUUCGCCAUGGCGGCGCUGGCGGGCGCCCUCUACGUGGUCGGGGGUUAUGGCCGGCAGGAGCGCGGGCUGCGGUCGCUGGAGCGGCUGGACCCCGCCUGCGGGGUCUGGGAGACGCUCGCCGCGAUGGCCGCGCCGCGGUGGGGCCUCGGGGCCGCGGGCUGCGGCGGCUCGCUGUACGUGGUCGGCGGCUCCGCCCGCGGCCCCGGCGACGCCGACGCCGAGGUGAACGUGAGCGUGGUGACCCGCUUCGACCCCAAGCUGGGCGCCUGGAGCCCGGCGGGGCGGCUGCGGACCGCGCGGCGCUGCUGCGGCGUCGUGGCGUGCCGGUGA